AGCAAAAUCUCUGGUGUAAAAUUUUCAGGGACGGUGUAAAAUUAACAGUGUUGACAUUGUUUUAACACUACAUGGUGAUAAAAUAACACUGCUGUUGUUAUUUGUAAGACAGUGUCAGUGUGAAAUUUAAGUGUAUUUUCAAAUUUCACCCAAAGUGUAGUAACAGGCCACGCCUCCACUUAACGCUAGGCCACCAGUCUGUUUCCGCCAUUUUCUUUCAGUUGAAGCCGAAGGCGAAGGAAAGGCAGGUAGAUCAGAUUCUCACACGAUAUAGCUAAAUUAAUAAAUACAUUUAUUAGUAAAUAGCUAAAUAUUUUUUUAUAUUCACGGGGCCAUGCACAUGGGUAACGUUAGAUAUCAUGGACAACUUUGAUCAAAUCGUUUACUCGUUGAGAGAAAUCGGGGCCACGUUGUACUAAUUUGAUACCUUAGUAAUUCAGAUCAUGGACGCGAUUUAAAAUAGUGGACUAAGUUAUCUGUCCGUGAUUAACCUAAAACGAAUAUACGUAUUAAUAAAUCGUAAAUUUAUUAAACAAAUUUCUAAAUUGUCGUCACGACAUCUAGGCUUCCCUUCUCUACAUUACGCCUUUUACAGAUUAAAACCACACAGUUGAUCAUGGGAAGAACAAAUUUAAUGUUUGUAACUGUAAAAACGCAGAGUUAUACAAAAAGAUAAAAUAUCAAGGACAGGAGAAGAAUUUACAGGUGCUAAAAGCUAUUGAAAGAUUUGAGGCCUAAUAGGCGGAUGAAGCCGCGACGCACUCUAAAUUGGCGGGCGGGCGCGCGCCAUGUCACACUUGUUAUAAAGAUGAAGCUUGACCAGCUUCAGGAUGUGUCAGCUAGGAGAGUUCCUGUCUCAAAACCUCGUCGAAAAAUGUUUAAGGUGUUUAUUUGACCAUGUAAGCUGCUGUUUUAUUUAAUAGUGUCUGUGGAAGAACGUAUAACAUACACGCUUUAUAAUUAAAACGUUAGAUUAACGAAGCUUUCGAUGGGUGCUGCAGGAUUUGCUUUUGUGUGAACGCAAGUUAAACAUGUGCAAUAUCACCAAAACGUCACUCAAUUUAAUAAUUUAUAAGCGAAACUUGCAUAGUUGGUUUAAAAACUUUAUUUUACAAGUUAGAUGUAACUGUGUUUGUGUGUAACGUUAAGUGUGUGUGUUAGGUUUUCAUAUUGGCGUUAUCUAGAUGAGUGGUAAAAGACAUAAUAAAUGUGCUAGCUUAUCUUAAUAGUGAGAGUGUCGUUCUGAAGAAAUGCUGGUCCAAGUCGAGUGUAAAGGGAACCCGAAAUGGAUCCGAAUACCAGAGGAAAAUGACUGUUUUGACUUCUGUGGAUUCAUUAAAGAAGCUUCAGCAAAGUUCAACUUGCCGCAUGGAGCCAAUGUGGUUCUUAAAGACUCUGCAGGAGUUGAUGUUGAUGCUGAUAUUUUUGAUGAGCUUGUGAGAACAUCUAAGGUGUCCUUCAAAAUUUUGGAUGGUGAUAACAAUAAAUCGGAUAAUGUUCCACAAGCUGAGAUCGAUCUCUCUGAGCCCUCAUGCCCUGGGUCAUCGUUUUCAUCAAUAGAAUCAGAAAGUUCGGAGUCCACAGUGAUUCCACAAUCUUCAAAGGCAUCCAAAAAGCGAUUCUUAGAAGAACCUUCUGACUGCAAUGCGUCAAAAGAUCUAGUUCAUGCAGCGCUACACUCAAAACCAGGAGGCUCUGAUAUAUUGAAGGAGUAUGAACAAACAAGUAGCCUGUCUGACAAGACACGAAAGAAGCUGGUAAACAUCCUUGUGGCUGAUAUGGUAGAGAAGUAUGGGAGGAUUCCACCAGUCAGUAUCCGUUUAAGCUAUGCUCUUGGAAUUAUAACCUUGUUCCCCAAUUUGAAGGAUAAGUGCUCACCGACUGGUUAUGAACAUUACUAUGAUCCACGCAGUGGCCAGGGUUACAUUGCCUACAGAUUGAAAACUGUUCAGCGCAACUCUGUAAAUAACUUGAAGGGGGCAUCCAAGGUGGUUUACCAAGAUGGUCCAAAGACUUUGCGCAAGACAUCUUCAGCAACUGAGCAGCUGUCAGGUGACGAAUGCACAGAAGCUAUAUCCAUGAUGAAGCAUUCAACGGACACACCAGUUAUUAAGGAUAAAAUGAGGACAACAUUCAAGUACAGGCAGAAUUUGAUACAUGAUCCAGACAAAUCUUCACUCAUCCUUGAUUACUUUCCCCGAUUUUUGGAUACACCAGGCUUGAUUGACCAAGACUUUACUAUGCUUUUUGGAGAUGACAUCUCAAGCAAAUUUAUUGCAAAAUGGCCAACAUUCUACAAGCAAAGAGUAAUUGCUGACUGCAAAAACCUGCACACUGGUGCACAUGUGGAUGACCUUCUGUCUGCUCUGGAGGAGUGUGAUUGUGGAUGGGACAGUGAUGUGGCAGCUAUUCUUCUGCUCAUUCAUCUCUUGCCUCCGACUGUAAAAGGAAGGAAGACUGGGAAAAUCAGUGCAAUUGAAGCAGCUGAUCAUAUUGUAAAGUUCAUUAAGGUGGGGACGAGCGUCAAGACAUUUCUUGAACAAAUUGGAUCUACACAGCCCUUCCUCCUCUGUGUUGGAGAAAAGAGGAGUAUCAUUCAGAAGUUUUACAUCAUCCUGGACCAGAAGGCCAUUCCCUGCAUGACUCAGACAGCUGUUGCAGCCUUUGAUGAACUCUUUAAGGCGCACUUUGUCUUUGCCGUGUCAUAUGAUGAGGCCUUGUGCAACUUCUACACGUUCAUUCAAACAACAGUGUAUGGCAUUGAUGUGGGCACUGCCAAGGAAAGUCCAAGGGUCAAGGAAAUCCGAGUGAGAAUUGAAAACACUGAGGUGUGACUCCCCUCCCCCCCAGCAUCUUGCUCAAAUGUUCUCAUGCUUCCUUUGCAAGGUACACCACAGAAGUUGUUCAAGUUUGUUUCAGCAUCUGAAGUUUCAUCAUGGUUUGUACCCAGGACGUUCAUUACGGUUGAAAUGUGGCGAACCUGGAUGUUCAUCUGUGUUUUAUACAUAUUAUGGGUUCAAGAAACAUAUCGUUGGAGUCCACAGAGACUGUGUAGCCUCAGGUACUGCUGAGAAUUUUGGCAGUAGUAUCACUGUUCCGGUUUCUGAUGCCCUAAGUGAGGAUCCUCCAGUCACUUUUCAGACUCCUGUUGAAAAUCGGCAAGUAACUGAUAUGUGUAGUGCUAUUGUUGCUCAAGUACAAGCAGCUGGAGUUUCUGAAAGCACUGUUCAAUGUUUAGUUGGUUCAAUGGAAGAACUUGUAAGUGAUGUUCAUGCUCAGGCAAGAGACACUGUUCUAAAAUGUCUUUCAUCAGAGGUACCUGGGCAAACUCUAGACAAAGUUAAAGACUGUUUUAGCCAGCUCGAAAAUCCUUUCUCUUGCCUUAAUACUGAAAAAAAGAGGCAAAGACACUUUGAGAAAAAAUGGAAAAUCGUGGAACCAGUGGAAUAUGUUCUUGGUGUGCGUUAUGAUGUGCGCAAAGAUAAAACUACAGGCUUAUACAGUCAAGUUCCUGUCAAUGACAAAUUUAUCUAUGUGCCCAUUUUAGGAACUCUCGAGUCUAUGUUUACAAAUUCUGAACUUUGCCACUUUUUCCAGCAGGUUAAAAGUCAUCAAGAUGGUAUUUACAAAGACAUUAAUGAUGGUUCUUACUUCAAAAAGCACAUGUUAUUUGGUCAAAAAGAGCAUGCUCUUCAAAUACAGUUAUAUUAUGACGAUUUCGAAACUGCAAAUCCACUUGGAUCCAAAAAAGGAAUACACAAACUUGGCUGUGUUUAUUUUAUUU